AUGGCCCCGUUGUUCUUGUCAAUAGGGAUCCAAAUAUGUGCCACCAAAAUCAUUCGUGUUCUCGGGGCAGAGCACUCGCUCCUCAAGCCCAGACACUAUGCCCGCCUUUUCAUAACUCUUACUGUCAUCGCCGGAACCCUUCAAAUACUUGGGCUGGCGAUAUCCUUCGCCGAUGCGACGCUGUAUGCCCUCGGACCACUCGCCAACGGUGGACGCUGGAUUGUAUUGAGCGGCGUUGCGCUUCUAUCUGUGAACCUGAUAACUUGCUUCGUCCUCCUCGGCGUCGUCUUCGUGCGUGCCGCGAAGGCGCAACGGCAGUACGGCUAUACCACCUUCCACAAGGAACAGGGCUACGUGCCUCUCAGCUCGCGCUUCAAGACAUUCCUGGCCGUGCUGCCCCUGGCGGCGGCAAGCGUGUUGGCGCGGUGCCUCUACAGGGUGGUUUUCUUCUAUGGGGGAUUAAAGGGAUCUGUCGCCCAGAACCAGGCGAUGUACAUUGGAUGCGAAGGAAUUCUGCUUGUCGAAGCAAUGGUCGCCUUGACUGUCUUCCACCCUGCCCUGUGGUUGGACGACGGCAAGAGGAUAGGAGAGGACGUGGACAGCCGGGGCCACUCAAGAGACGUUGAGGAGAGUUUGGGCGAGGUCAGCCGCCUGAUCCUCAAGGCGAAUGCUAUGGCGGCUCCGUCCGAGACGUCCUCAGAGGAGAGUGCCUUCGAAAGGGCUGCAUUGACGCCAUCGGACGAGUCUGAAGUAUCGUCUGAAACUUCAUCUCAUUAUUCACGUUGA